AUGUUAGAAAACGAAUGCAAGAAAUUGUGGAAGAACCUGACGGAUCAGUUCAGGACCAAUUAUCAGGAGGUGAAGUGCCAGAGAAAUGGCAGUGGUCUUGAUGAUGUAGAAGCCGUAGCAGCAGCUGUGAAGUGGACCUUCGUCAAAAGCCUCCUCUUCUUAAAGGAUGUUUUUGCACAAAGGGAGUACCUGUCGUCUGGUGACCUCGUUAAGGAGAUUGCCCUUGCUUUCCGAGUGGGCAUCUCCACAGCAAGUGAGUCCAUCCGUGAAACGUGCAGGGCCUUGUGGACGAGAUUGCAGCCAUUAUACAUGAAGAAACCUGGCACUGCAGACUGGCAGAAAAUAACGGAGAGCUUUCAGCGAAACUGGCAGUUUCCCAAUUGUUUGGGAGCUGUCGACGGGAAACAUGUCCGAAUCCGUGCUCCACCAAAUUCUGGGAGCAUGUAUCAUCACUACAAGGACAAUUUCUCAAUCGUUCUACUGGCUGUAGCCGACGGAGACUACAAGUUUGUGGUAGUUGAUGUCGGUGCCUAUGGGAAGCAGAGUGACGGUGGCAUCCUGAGGCAGUCUCAGUUUGGACAGAAGCUGGACGCUGGAACACUGCAGUUACCAGGACCUUAA